AUGUCGCAGCUUGCUCACCCGGCCGAUGCUGGCCCGUCAAACCAACAUUAUGAUGGGAGAGCCUUUACCACAGCACCUCCACCACCACCACCCAACAGUGCGCUGCCAAUAACACCCUCCUCGCAGAGACCAGAAUCGUCGUUCAGCCCAAAAUCUUCGAAUGAUCGCAACAACUCGAUUACGGGACUGAUCCAGCAGCCUCCUUCAGGCUCCUCAUCUGGCCAGACUUCUGCCAUGGCAGGUCCAUCGGCAGUGCGGGCUGACCUUGUCAGGAAUGCCCCGAGAAACUCCUCCAUGGACUCAGCAAUAUCAGCCAUAUCGACGAGAUCAAACAACACUACAAAAGCAUCGCAAGAGACCAACGUAGGGCCCGCAGAGAUCGCUGGCUUAAUCAAGACCGCCGGGAGUCCAGAGGCAGUCAUCCAGUACUUGUUAAAGGAGAAGCAAUCACAAGCCCAGCAGAACGCGCAACUAUGGCGACUGGUUGAUAAGCAGAGAGCUAUGAUCUUGGGCCUCAAUAAGGACCUCGAGCGGGCCUUGAAGGAGAAGGAAAAAUACAGGAAGAAGCUAAAGGAGCUACUGAGUGACCCGGAUGGACCCUCAGUUCCGGCAGUAGCAGCUGCAAAAGCUCAGGAAAUAAACAGGACCUCAACCGGCUCCGACUUCUCAAUCCAGGAGCACGUACUGGAAGUCCCAGGCUCUCCUGGCCAAAACCCAACCAACCAGAGACAAUCAUCCGUCGACAUGUCUAUGGCGCCAUACCCUGUGACUCCUCCUGCCGGCCAACCACCUUCUCAUGGUUCUCCAUCCGCCAUGGGUGAGAUGCUGGAUCCUUCUCAUAUGAUGCCGAAGCCGAGCGAACAUGCGCUGAAUCACUAUGAUGUCGACGCGCUGGAGUGGGAGCGCGAGAAGUCUAGGAGGCAAGCAGCCGAAGCCGAGGAGCAAGCCACCGGACUUCAUAUCAAACCGAACCUACCACCAUCGAGAAGUUUGCCAAGCGUGCCUCCUCAAAUGCCGCUCCCUGCGACACCUACAGAACAGUCUUCUUCAAAGCGUAUUGAUCUGCCUCUACGGGGACAGCUGCCCCCUCCAACAUCACCACCUUUUCGUAAACCACCGCCCGCACCUCUUCAGCUUAAGGAUAGUGCUCUGCACAGCAAAAAGGCACAACAACCCGUCGAGGCAGACAGCGGAUCCGAGUAUGACGACGACCCCAAGGCCGACCAACAAAGCCUUGAAGAACGAAGAGGCCGCCGGAGGACACGAGAGGAAGAUGACCGUGAUCGCGAAAUCAUGGCAAGAAAAGAAGCCGAAUUGCGAAGCCUGUCGAAAAAGAGCAAGAAGAGUGCCAGCAAGGCCCCAAAUGAGGACGCGCCACCGCCGCCUCCGGCGGGAAUGCCAUCCGACCCCCGUUUCCUCGAAGUGAAGAUGAGUGCUCCUCUUCAGGAGACGACUGUCUCGUCACUGGCCGGGGUUCUCAGUGGGACGGUUCAGCGGGAUGCUUCCUAUGCGAUGCCGCUUUUGAGCCCUGGUCUUCCCUCUAGCCCACGCCCGAUGCCGAUGGGAGGAGUCAGCUCACCACCACUUUCGCCUAGGGGCAUGAACUUUAUGGGAGCACCGCUGUCCCCACGGCCACCGCGAGCGCCGAUUCCUCUGCCACCCAACACACCUUUGCACAUCUCCGCCCCGCCAACGAUGCCACUGCCUUCUCCUAGACCUAUACAUAUGGUGAAGGAAACCGACAGCAUAUCUUCUACCUCCAGCCCAACCAAGAGCACCUACGAGAGCCCGACCGAAAGGACUAGGAUUUAUAGGGGCUUCGUGACCGAGGAAUACCCAGACCUUUUGCUGCCGCCAAACGCUCUUCCAUCCAUCGAUAUUAGGGUUGCGUCUUCUCGUAUGAAGCCCUCCAGGGCUAGCCUGCUGUCCAUGACACAGCUCGAAGAAGACCCAGUUUUCACCCUGGCUGUGUUCUCCAGAGCGGACGGUGGCGAGCUAUGGAGGGUCGAAAAGGACUCGGCCUCUUUAGCAAAGCUCGACAACAGGCUCAAGUGUUGUCCCACGUUCACUGCAAGAACUCCUGAUAGGUCUUUGUUCAGCGGACAUGCUCCCGCAAAGCUGGACGCCCGUCGGAUUGCCCUCAACCAAUACCUGGAUGAACUGUUGAACACUCCUCUCGAUCAUGGUACGGCUUUGGAACUGUGCAAGUAUCUAUCCACGCAUACUCUCCCGCCCAAUGCCGACGAGACCGGAUCUUCGACUGGUUACGAAAAUCCGGAAGCGGUACUAACUGGGCCUGGUGGAAGGCCUUACCGCAAGGGUUAUCUCACGAAGCGCGGCAAGAACUUUGGCGGUUGGAAGGCCAGGUACUUCAUCCUAGAUGGCCCCCAUCUCAAGUAUUACGAGACACCCGGUGGUGCCCAUCUUGGUACCAUCAAGCUACAGAAGGCGCAGAUCAUGACACAGGUCGGCAAGCACGGUCAUCAUGACGAUUCCCCAGCCCGUGGACCUGGGGUGGAAAAUCCCGACAAUCAGUACCGGCAUGCCUUUGUGAUUAAGGAACCCAAGAAGAAAGACCCAACUAGCGUCACUACACAUGUGCUGUGUGCUGAAAGCGACAGGGAACGGGAUGAGUGGGUGUCAGCACUGCUGCGCUGGAUUGACUACACCGACGAUGAAAAGGAGGACCGCUCGAAGAAAACCCAGACCCACGACAGGCAUGAUUCUACCAACUCCGAACGGGCCAAUGGAAACCACAAUAAGAAGAAGCAACAAGUCGAGACAGUGGGCAGAAGUUACGAUACCACAAAGCAAGGAGACUUACCACAAGGCGUUUCAUCCAACCAGCCUCCUGCUCAGGGACAUGCCGUGCCAUCCGGCUUUACAAUUUCAGCCCCUCGCGAUCCCCAGGUCAUUUCAAACUCGGAGGCUUGGGGUACCAAGUUAGGCAUGGGCCCCUCGGCGCCACUGCCGGCACCGCCCGUUGUGGAACAAAAGGCCCCCAGGCCACGGAGAAGUAUCUUUGGUUGGGGUGAUAGCAAAGAGAAGGCCGGAAAGUCUAUCGAUGCACACCAUACGCUGUUUGGCGAGAACGGCCAAGCGAACAACCACCACGGCCCGGUCAGGCCUGUGUUCGGUGCACCCUUGGCUGAAGCAGUGAGGUACAACGCUCCAGUGGACGUUAGGGUCCCGUUGCCAGCUGUUGUUUAUCGCUGUAUCCAAUACCUGGAUGCCAAGGAUGCCAUCAACGAAGAGGGUAUCUUUAGGCUGAGCGGUUCCAACGUUGUCAUCAAGCAGUUGAAAGAACGGUUCAACAAUGAGGGCGAUAUUGACCUGGUUAACGAUGGGCAGUAUCACGAUAUCCAUGCUGUCGCGUCGUUGCUCAAGGCUUAUCUGCGCGAAUUGCCCACAACCAUAUUGACACGGGAUCUCCAUCCCGAGUUCCAGUCCGUUACUGAAAAGCUCCCGGAUCAGGCCCAGAGAAUCGCAGCUCUUUCGGUGCUCGUGGAACGGCUCCCACAGGCCAAUGGUACCCUCCUCAGGUACCUGAUUGCUUUCCUGAUCAAGAUCAUCAACCAUGCCGACUCCAACAAGAUGACAGUACGCAACGUUGCUAUUGUGUUCUCGCCUACACUCAACAUUCCAGCUCCUGUUUUCGCUCUUUUCCUCCAGAACUACGAAGCGAUCUUUGGCAUUGACCCCGGCGAAUAUGAGCUUCCCACGACGGAUUCUGGUAGUGUCCACAGCAGCACUCACGAACGUACCGGGUCGCACCCUUCGGACACUCGGUCGUCAACUCACAGCGGCUCACCCUAUGGGCAGCGGCCCACUAUGAAGCCCGUUAUCGAGGGCCAAGUGAGCCGCAAUACGCCAACGCCACCGCUCUCUAUGAGCAUGCAACAGAUGGCUCAGAUGAACGCUGCGCGGGAGCACUCGCGGAGCACUCCCACACCUCCACUUCAAAGACCCGCCUAUGACGAUAUUGCGUUAUACUCUGCGCAACAAGGAAUGAGGCCUAGCACAGGUUUCGGGGGAUCUCACGAUUUCCAUCCGUCUGCCACCCCCUCUUAUGAGCAAUAUUCAAUGAAGGACCGGCGCAAGAGCAGUAUGCCCAACCUUCACCCUUCGGGAACAAGAGGCCAGUCCAGAGACGAUAAUCGGUUUUAA